CUUAAAUAAUUAUUAUUUAUAAUUUCAUACUAGAAUUACGUAUAUCUUAUAUCUAUAAGUACACCACUCACGCGACCUGUUGCCAAAUAUCGGGACAGAGAUAAACUUAUAUACAAGAGGCAUGGCAUGGGCCACAGACAACUAACGACUCAUGUCCGAUUUCCCAGAAGGAUGACGCGGCAAAAGCUAGAAAACAAGUCCAAAUGGGAGGGGAACCGAUGAAUGAAUUUUUGUUGGCCGCCAAACGACCUUACACCCGAGCCACCCCCUGUAGCCCACGUACCGGCUGGGGAACUCCAUCGGCUUCCCAGUGAUCGGAGAUCAGUGUGCUCAAUGGUGACUCACUCGGACUACGCCAGCUCCACGACGUCAUGCUUAAGGUUGUUAUUUGCCCUGCCAGCGAGCCAGCGAAGAGUGGAUACUCCGGAGAGCGAAAAGCUCGCGACCCGAGUGGCAAACGGCGCCGGCAAACUGGUCCCGAGCAGCAAGUGCCCCUCGGAGCCAGCCGGUUGGUCAUGGGGCAGCCGAGUCUGCGAGAGAGCGCCAAAAGCUCGUGGCCCCGCGACUUCGUCAUGGCUUUAUCACAGUCCGCCGGUGCUGAUCAUUAGUUCGUCAUUCGGCAAGUGGGUCGGAUCAGGGCCAGAGCGAUCCAAUCGAAGAUCGGCGAUCUGGAGUGGUAUACGGCGCUGCACUUAACCCGAUCGGCGGAUCUUUAAUCGGUCAGUGCAAUAACGGUUAUUAAAAGUUUCUAAUCGCAAACUUUCCGCGAAAGAUUUCCGCGAUUUGCGGCACGUGGAGAGCCUGCAGCUGACUCCACUUGUCCGGUCAGCAGGUGAAAUACCCUGACUAUCUCGGGUGAAUCAUCCGGUCGGACGUACCCACAUCCUAAAUACGUUUCAACCGGUUGCAGUGCCGCCUGCAAUAAGUUCAAUAAUACAGAAGUGCGAUUCGCAGAAUAUUAUGAUUAAACAGGGCCAAAGUGAAGUGAAUAAUUUAAUAGCGCAAAGGGCAGCAAAACAAUAAAUUCACGAAAAGAUAUAUGCAGUGCAGUGUAAUUACCAAAAAUCAAGGCGGUAUAACAAAAUCUUAGUGACGGUACACCCAACUCGACUUAUGAAAUUCAAACCUCAAACCAAUGAAUAAGAUGAAUUUAGAUGCCAUCCGAUAAGGUUAAAGGAAAGUGUAAUUAAAAAGCUAUCAAAACUUCAGCUGAUAUUGACACUGUAGUUGCCGAAAAGGGAGCAGGAACUUCCCAGUUUAAUGGCCAUUCUGCAGAAUAGUCGCCAGAGUCACAAGCAACUCAAAAUCCACAUCCAGACGAUUCACAGUGUUUGGUGCCAACAGAGGCCGAUUAAUGCCAUGCAUCAGGAUGUCCGGCAAAAAAGCAUCGGAUCCGAAACCGGGGCCAAACUGGAAGCGAAGGAGAAGGAAGUGGGGGCUGAGAAGGAAGGUUUCCCCAACCGGAAAAGACGCGGAAGGCGAUGUAGCAGCAGUUCCACCAGCGACUCCAGCCAAUCCUCGGAUUCCUCAACAGACUCGGACUCCGGGUCAUCCUCCAGCAACAGUAGCACAAGAAGCCAAUUACCCGCCCUCAACUUGCCAGUGCCCCUCCCGCUGGCGACACCCACUCCUCCCGCCGUUCCAACGCCUCACCAGGCUCCAUCGCCUCGCAGGAACUCCAACGACUCCAACCGGAGCAUCUCUCCCGUGGAGGUGCCUGUGGAUCCGCACGCUUGGACGUCCGAGGACAUUGCCAGCUGGGUGAAGUGGGCGACGCGAAAGUUCAAGCUGGACCCGGAGCCGGAUAUCGAAAGGUUUCCCAAGGACGCCCAGGAGCUGUGCGAUCUGUCUCGCGCGGACUUCUGGGUCUGCGCAGGAUCCAGGCGCGGAGGCAUGCUCCUGGCGAAGCACUUCGCGCUCAGCCUAUACCACGCCACCGGACGGGAGACGAGUCCCAUGCUCAACGACAACGAGCCAAAUCCGUACCAGCUGCUGAACGCUGCCUCGCACCGAUUGGUUGCCCAGGGCUCAGGGGGCCAGAUCCAGCUGUGGCAGUUUCUGCUGGAGCUGCUCGCUGAUUCGUCCAACGCGAAUGCCAUCAGCUGGGAGGGCCAAUCGGGCGAGUUCCGGCUCAUCGACCCGGACGAGGUGGCCAGGCGGUGGGGCGAGCGCAAGGCCAAGCCGAACAUGAACUACGACAAGCUGAGCCGGGCUCUCAGGUACUACUACGACAAGAACAUUAUGACCAAGGUGCACGGAAAGCGCUAUGCGUACAAGUUCGACUUCCACGGCCUGAUGGCUGCUUGCCAGGCUCAGGCACAGGGAGGAGAUCCGGCCUCCAGCAUGCUGGGAUCCUACAACCACCACGCCGGCGGAGCGAUGCAGUUGGGCCGCCACCCACCACCGCUGCACCACCACCCACAGCACUCGCAUCCGCACCACCAGCUGGGUCAGCCCCAUUUUCUGCACCCACACCACUCGUCUCCCGCCUCAAACAGCUCCAGCCUGGGAUUCCCAUCCUCCUCGACGGCCUCCUCGCAAGCUUCGCCCGGCCAGGCGCCCGCCUCCUCCUCCGCCUCCACUUCGAAUUUUACUGGUCCAUUCCAAGGUGGGACAGCCGGCGUAGACCCGGCCAGGACGUCCUCAUCUUCUGCGGGAAACUACGACCAGGGCUCGGUCACUCCCACCUCAAAUGCAUUCAACUGAGCCCGCCGCAACCCCAAUUUGUCGCCGGGGCUGUAAGUUCCGAUGGGGCAGGAGGAUGCGCAGGACCACCCACUGCGCAAGGGAGAGCGGAGAGCAACCCUGCACCCCAGCCACCCAUCGGGCAGCCAUCGGGCACCAUCAGACCUUUGGCCGUAAAAAGGUCAUUUUGUGUAAUUCCAGCUACUUUGGGUUAAUUGAGGAAUUGUGAUAGCCUGGAGCAUCGCAGAGCAAUACUCGGAAACGAGAGCCAAUUUGUUACUUAGCCUGUUAUCCUUCGCUUCUAGUUGUAAGCAGACAUUCGGCAGAGCUCCUUUAUUCCAUACGAGGUCUCAUCAUUAAAUAAUUCUAAGUUCGCACACACAGUAAAUACAUCAAAUCGC